ACUAUAAGGCGUGCUUUAGAAGGGGGUUAGGAUUGAGGUGACUGAUGAUAGUAUUUGGUCGGUCGAGGAAAACUUUUUCAAAGCUUUGAACGUUAGCUAAAAAAGCUUCCAUUUUUAUCGUUAAGUGCAUUUUAGGACACAGAGGGCCCAGCUUAAUAAUAUACUCUGAAAUAUCUGUUUUUAUUCUUGCCGUUACAUACACAUUACCUAAUGAAUAUUUUAGCUAAAGAUCAAACCUUUUUAUAAUAAAAAUUCUAAUGAGUUGAUUUUAGGAAUUGUUGAUCUCUGUAUUUCAGAAAACUUGUUUGUGAACACAGUUUACACUAAUCACGUAUUCACGUGUAUAUAUAACCAAAAAUACACACAUACAUAAUCUAACCGUCACUUACCACGUGUCGUAGUCAAACAGCAUGCUCAUCAUGUAUAUUUUGAUGCAAGUCACAUUACAUCACCACCUCUUCCUCACCGCUAUUGCAUCAACAACAACACACAUAUUCUCACAAGAACAUAUAGAGCAAUUUAGUCUUUAUUUUUUCUUCAACGCCAUGAGAACGAGUAACAAUCUUAUAGGUCUCGUGAACUUCAUCACCUUCCUCCUCUCCAUCCCCAUCCUCGGCGGUGGAAUAUGGCUUAGCAACCGAGCUAACUCCACUGACUGCAUGAGAUUCCUCCAGUGGCCACUCAUCAUCAUAGGAAUCUCCAUCAUGGUUGUCUCCUUAGCCGGUUUCGCCGGAGCUUGUUACGGUAACAAGUUCCUCAUGUGGCUUUACCUCUUCGUCAUGUUCUUUGUUAUAGCUGCUCUCAUCGGUUUCAUCAUCUUUGCUUACGCCGUCACUGAUAAAGGCUCAGGCCGGUUUGUGAUGAACCGGAGGUAUCUUGAUUAUUAUCUCGGUGAUUAUUCGGGUUGGUUAAAGGAUAGGGUCACGGAUGAUGGAUACUGGGGGCAGAUACGGUCGUGUGUUAGAGAUUCUGGGGUUUGUAGGAAGAUAGGAAGACGUUUAAACGGUGUUCCUGAAACUCCACUCAUGUUUAACUUCAGAAGGCUUAGUCCUAUUGAGUCCGGAUGUUGCAAGCCGCCAACAGAAUGUGGAUACACGUACGUGAACGAGACGGUUUGGAUUCCAGGAGGAGAUAUGAUUGUACCAAACCCGGACUGUAUGUUGUGGAACAAUGACCAGAGACUACUAUGUUACCAGUGUAGCUCUUGCAAAGCUGGUGUUCUUGGUAGCUUAAAACAGAGUUGGAGGAAAGUAUCAGUGAUCAACAUUGUGGUUUUGAUCAUUCUUGUUAUCUUCUACGUGAUCGCUUAUGCGGCUUACCGUAAUGUUAAGAGAAUGGAUAAUGACGAACCGGCCGGUGAGGCUAGGAUGACCAAAUCUCAUCCUAGUCAUUUUGAGAUUUGAUGGCUCGAUCACUGAUACUAAAUGCAACUCACUUAAACCAUUAAUACUCUACCAUGGGUUAUGUUGUUGUAAUUAUAUAACUUUGAGUUUUUGUUUUAAAUACUCUUUUUUAUAUAUGUAAGAAUAUGAUGAUGAUUAUGAUUACUACUUGGUUCUUUUGUAGCUUAUGUGAGUUGUAAUUACUAUCUCUAUACUAUUACAGCU